UUCUGCAGGAGUAUGAGGGCGGCUUUCGGGACCUGGGUGGCAGCCCUGCUCAUUGGGUUAGCCAGUGGACAGCCACAGAUAACGGGCAGGUCUCCCUACUGGAUGGGCCAUGCGGGAGGCGUCACUCUUUCUGUCUUUGGAUCUGGCUUCAGCGAAGACAUGUUCAGCCAGUUCGACCCCACGCUUGGCAACAUCGUGAAGCUUGUGAACGAAGCCGAAACCAUAGACUGCGAGGUCAUCAACUAUCUUUCCAAUACGAAUAAAGUCGUCUGCAAUACAGGACCGAGAACCAACACGGCCGGAUCCGGAGUCUACUAUAUCCAAGUAUUUUCCGACGGCGUGCAGGCGACCGGGACUCAGACGGUAGAGUACGCUGAUUGGGUGGCACCCAAGAUCGACAGCGUCACUCCGAGAUGGGCGCUGGGUCGCACAGUGGUUGAGUUUUACGGUUGGAUGCAGUCAACCAAGUACCGAGGCGUUGAUCCUGCAGAUCCUUUGGAAACUGGAAGUGACUCUGGGGUCAUUCUCACAAAGGUGUACAUGGGCGGCCUGGAUUGUGACAUGGUGAAUGAAACCAGCGGGGAACUGUACCAACUGGAAUCGCGAAGCCUCAGAUGUCAGGUAACCAGUAAGUACAUCGGACCCAUGAACGGAACCACCUACGUGACUGAACGCGGUGUCUCAGUCGGCCGGAAAUGGGGAAUUUACGUCGAUUCUCAGGACAGACUGUUCCAGCACCACACCUACGCAGGAGUUGACAGCGUGAGUCCCAGCAGCGGAUCCACGCAGGGAAACACUCUGUUGACUGUCACGGGUGUUGGCUUUGACCCUUACCCCGGCAAGACUGAGGUGUGGGUUGGAGGAGCCGAGUGUGUGAUCCAGGAUGUGCAAGACGAGACUCUCACCUGCUUAACGCCAUCGCAAGACGAGACUAGGCCUGCACCAGGAGAGCGUGGCAUCCUGUCUGAGACGUGGAACGGCGUGUACGUCAGUAAUAUAUUUGACGACAGCCUUUGGGACGCCCUCAACUCCAGUCACAGUGGCUACAGCUCCUCGGUGAUGAUGGACACGAGGAUUACCGUAGAUGGCACCCAGACCCUAACGGGGAAAGUUUCCGGCUACCUCCACGUUGCUCAUGACGGCUUGUAUUCUCUGGGCACUAUCGAACUGAAUGGCGAUUCGGCCUUCUUUAUUGCCGAAAAUGGUAAUCCCGACAACAAGACUUACGUGGGUCACUGGCACCACAUAACUCUCGAAGCGGACACCCCGGCUUAUUUCGAGCUCCGCUAUCGCACCCAAGCGAGCAUGACCUUCCGCAUCGCAAUGAACGACUUCAACGCCAAGUUCACAUACGACCAGACGGCCAUGGGUCACGACGAGCGCCACCGUGUCAGGUUGGACCCCAAAGAACAGUUCGAAGUGCAGAGGAUUAGUUACUCAGAGUCCCCAGGACAAGCUAGGAUUUAUCUGGCUGGACUUACCUCUGAUCCUGUUGAUAUCACUGUGGACACAGAGAUUCGAUCCGCGAUCCUAGGCCUGACUGACCAGCUGUGCGAGACCCAGGCGGACAGCCCGACAUACUUGUACCAGAACGACUUCGAAAUGGGCGAGGAUAAUAUUCCUGGACUGAGAGGAUCGACCGCCGUCGAUAUCGCGAGCUACUGUGGAAAGAAAUCCUUUUUGAUGUAUUCGGCCGACCCAAGACUUUACUACACCAACGAAGAGGAUGAAAUGGCGGACGUUAACACCUAUCGCUAUAUGUGUUUUGCUGUACGAGGCAACAUUGAGACUACCAUGAGGAUACAGUUCCGCUGGAAGGACAAAUAUGGCAAUGGCGGAAGAACUGACACACUUGUGGCUGAUCACGGUCUUGCUGCCACUGCUGACACGUGGACUUACGGCUGCGUCGACUUGCUUGCCCUCGUGGACAAUUCGUGGCUGAACGAUCACCGUACUGCAGGAAUGAAGCUGAAAGUCAGACACGUCCUGGCGCCGCGUCGAGCAACUUACAGAGAUAGCGUAUACGUCGAUACCUUCGCCUUUUCCACAGAAGACAUUGCCGUGGUCCAGACCCGACCAUCCGCCCUGAAGAACGCAGGAAUCUUAGUGGACGACGUGGUCGUAACAGCAGUGGAAAAUGAAAAUGCUUUCGACGUGGAGAUCCAGACCGGAAACUGCGCUGGAGAUUUCCCUCUACUUGGCGUGACGCAGACCAUGGGCGAUGCUUCGUGGAUAACUGAUCUUGCCAGCGCCGCCAGCUACACCUUCAGCGUGGGCGAGGAGGAGGUGAACGUGAGCAGGACUUUUGUGGCGACUCAUCCCGUCACCGGAACUUGGUCGCUCAAUAUCGAAGGCGUCACUGUCAAAGACAUCCUCUUCGACGUGGAAGACUGGGCUCUGGAUGAGAUGAUCGAGGCCGCCCUUGGAACCAGCGGCAUGGCAGUCUCUCGCAGCGGAAGUUGCACCUUAUAUACUUGGCACAUAGAGUGGAAGGAGAAUCCAGGGCGAAAGGAACUGUCUUCCAUAGACAUUUCAGGACUGACGUUCGAUGGCGAGAAAAUCAACAUAAAUGUAGGCAGGAGCAGAGAAGGCAAGUUGUGGCACGAUCCUAUCGAGGGAGACUUCCUCACCGUCAGGCACGAAGAACCUCAGGUGUUCGUGAGGGUGAAUGGCUACUCUGCUGCUUGCACUGGCGCUUGUGCAUUCGCGUUCGACGACUCAGGAGUCCCGAGCCUCUCUUCUGUCGCUGGAUCUCCAGAUGCAUCGGGCAGCCAUACCCUGACCAUUGUGGGUACAGGAUUUAGCAGCUCCGACAACAACGACUACAGCGUAACCGUAGGAGGAUCUGUGUGCAGUGUAUCUGCCGUCACCACCACACAGGUACGUACUUUGUAG